AUGACAAAGGUGUGGUUCAUCACUGGCUCUUCCCGGGGUCUCGGCCUCGCCACUACCAAAGCCGCCCUCGACAAAGGAGACAAUGUCAUUGCAACAGCUCGCAAGCCCGAGCAAUUGGCAAGCCUAGUGGAUAAAUACGGCAGCGACCGCAUCUACCCCGUCGCCCUUGACGUCACCAACAACGACCAAGUCCUCGAGGCUGUCCAAGCUGGACAUGCCAAGUUCGGCCGCAUCGACGUCGUAGUCAACAAUGCCGGAUAUGCCAACACUGCCGCUGUCGAAGACAUCACCGUCGAAGACUUCCGCGCCCAAGUCGACGCCAAUCUUUUCGGCGUGGUCUAUGUCUCAAAGGCCGUACUUCCUAUCCUCCGUCAACAAAAGUCGGGUCACAUCUUCCAGAUUUCUUCAGUUGGUGGACGAAUCGGUAUGCCCGGUCUUUCGGCCUAUCAAUGUGCCAAGUGGGCAGUUGGCGGUUUCUCGGGGGUUCUUGCUCAGGAAGUUGCCCCGCUCGGUAUCAAGGUCACUGUCCUUGAGCCGGGUGGUAUCCGCACUGACUGGGCCGGUGCAUCAAUGGAUUACCCACCCGUUAGCGAGCCAUACCAGGCCACAGUUGGAGCCAUUGCUCAGUUCCUUCGCCAAUACUCUGGAACUGAGCCCACGUUGCCGGAGAAUAUUGCCAGGAUAAUCAUCAAGCUUCUUGAUGAGGAGGAGCCUCCGUUGCGUCUUGUUAUUGGCGCUGAUGCCAUUCCCUACGCUGCUAAGGCUGCACAGACGCUUGCUGAGUCGGAUGAGAAGUGGAAAGAGCUGAGCGUUUCAUUGGCUUAG